CAGAAUGCAUUAAACGUCAUAACAUUGAAACAGUGAAAAAGAAACUCUCAAAAAAAUAUUGAAUUCACAACAAAAAGUCUUUCAUCGCGAAUAUUUGUCUCAAAUAUCUACAUGUAAUCAUGCCUAUCCUCUACUCCGUAAUCUCACGACAGACAACAAUUCUGGCAAAAUACGCGGAAUGCGUUGGAAAUUUCGCUGAAGUCACUGAACAGGUCAUCGCCAAAAUUCAAUUGGAAAAUCACAAACUCACAUAUUCACAUGGCAAUUACUUGAUACAUUACAUUUGUGAAGACAGAAUUAUUUAUAUGGCAAUUACGGAUGAUGAAUUUGAUCGUUCACGAGCAUUUUUGUUCUUAUCCGACAUCAAAAGACGCUUUUUGGCGGAAUAUGGAUUGACAGUUGCUACUGCUAUCAUGUACGGAAUGAACGCCGAGUUCAGUCGCGUUUUGGCAUCCGAGAUGAAACGAUACUCCGAGGCGAAAGAUAUCGACGCUUUGUCAAAAGUUCACGGUCAAAUCGACGAAUUGAAAGACAUUAUGGUGAAAAAUAUUGAGUCUGUGACAUCACGAGGGGAGCAUUUAGAACUCCUCGUUAAUAAAACAGACCAAUUGCGAAGUAACGCGGUGUCAUUCCGAACAACAUCUCGAACCCUUGCGCGAACAAUGUUUUGGCGCAACGUAAAAAUGUAUUUCAUCAUGGCAUGCAUUCUAAUUUUAGUGAUUUACAUUAUUGUUUCGUUCUCCUGCGGAGGGUUACUGUGGCCUAAUUGCGUUCACAAGUAAGAAAUUCGAGUAAAAAGAAAAUGUUUCAAAGAUCAAAAGUGAAUUAUUAUUAAAAAAUACAAAAAAAAGUGUAAACCAAUUAUCUGUAAUAUUUCCAUUCUUUAAAAAAAAACACAUUCAUUUUUUUUUUCUUAUAAUUUUUUUUUUAUUAUCAUGUAUGAAUAAAUGAUAUAUAUUCUCAA